CGGCGAUUAAACCAUAUAUUUGUUAGUUUUAUUGUUAUGGGUUGCGGUGGCUCAAGGCUAGGAGGUGCGGCAGCGGCGAGAGCAGAUGAGGGCGGCGUUGUACCACUUCCCGCGGGAAUACGUCCGCUUCUCCGGCGAAGAUUAGAGGAGAUGAAGAAACGGAGCCAUGCAAGCGUCUUGAAAGGAAACCAGACGCUGUCCAAGAAGGAGCUUCUAAAGAACGGCUCCUCCGAGGUAGAUGACGGAGAAGAGACGGAGGACAAAGACAACAUCUUGAAGUUGUCGGCUAAGGUUGCUCCUGCGCCUGAUCAUCUAGUGGAAGAGAAGAAAGAGGUUAUUUAUGAAAAGUUUUCGUCAAGAGAUGAUGUUAAAGAAGUGAAGAAAGAGGAGGAAGUUGUGAAGAAACAAGAUGAAGAUCCCAAUCAUCACCAUGUUGCUGAGGAUGUAGCCAUGAAUCUUAAGAAAGAGGGCGAUGAUGGCAAGGUCAUCGAUGAUAAGAAGGAUGAAUAUGAUAGUGUUGAUCAUGAUGAAGGGAGGAUGAGCAACUUUGAUGAGAGGAUGAUAUGUCCUGGAUCUCCUAGCUUUAGGGUUUAUUGCAUCGAUGUUACUUCUGAUGAUGAUGAAGAAGAAAAAGAUGUUGAAGACACGAGAAAGUCGAUGGAAACCGAAAGCGUCAUCAUGGAACUAAAAGAGGAUGAAAGCAUCGUUAGAAAGGAGAAAAGAGAAAGAAAAGGAAAGAGAUUCGGAAUAGCAUUGCCAAGGAAAUAUUUAGCUAAUGUGACUGCAGGAUGCAUGGGCAACCACACUCAUGCUCGUCUGAUGCAAGAGAAAUCGAGCCAGUGA